AUGUUGUCAAAGCUGGCUAAGAAGUCCUGGUUUGGGAACUUCAUCAACCUGGAGAAAGAGGAGCAGAUCUUUAUCGUGAUCAGAGACAAACCUCUGAGCUCCAUAAAGGCCGACAUCGUCCAUGCCUUCCUCUCCAUUCCCAGUCUGAGCCACAGCGUCAUCUCUCAGACAAGUUUCCGGGCAGAGUACAAGUCAACAGCUGGACCCACAGUUUUCCAGAAGCCCGUCAAGUUUCAGGUGGAUAUCACCUACACAGAGAGCACCAGCGCCACCAAGGAGAAUGGCAUCUACUCAGUCACCUUCACCCUGCUGUCAGGUCCCAGCCGGCGUUUCAAACGCGUGGUGGAGACCAUCCAGGCACAGCUGCUCAGCACCAACGACCAGCCCGGCAUCCAACCACAGAUAUCUGGCAGCCCGUUGAGUAACUUCUUUGACGUAAUUAAACAGCUUUUUUCAGACGAGAAGAACCUCCAGGCGUCGCACUCCCCUGGCGCCCCCUCCACGGCUAGUUCCCCUGCCAAGCAUGCCCCCAGCAACAAGCCCAACCAGCCUCCUUCCAAUGAAUCUAAAUGCCCCUCCAGCAAAGAAAAAUCAAAGACGGCUGCCGGCAACAGGACACAGGAACAUCCUGAAGGAGCAGUAGCCAUGCAUGAUAAAGCGAGAAGCAGUAAUCCGGUCUGAGAUCAGGACAGCUGCUCACUUUAGUUUGCGAACGCUUGAAGUCAGAUCCAUGUUCUGUGUGGGAAUGUCCCUUUUACAGCUGUAUGUGUGAUAAGAAGUAGAUGUAGCUUUGCCGUCCCUGCCGCUUGUCCCUCACUGUGUCUCGGGGGUCUUUCGGUGGGUGUCUGUCCUCCCCUCAUGUGUGAUAGCUUGACCUGUCUCUGCCACCAGGAAUCCUCCAGAAUAGUUAUUAACCCCGGCGACCCCUCCACCACCAUGACCACCAGAGUCCACAACCUUGGAAAAAGUAAGGGGCUCCAAGAGCUCUGCAUCAAAAGGCUGAUUUACCCCCACCACCAUCCCCACAGCAAACAGACAUGUUGGAAGAAAUGUAAAAAAAAAAAAAAAAAAAAUCAAGCCU